ACCGGAAGCUGUGUAGUCAUUAGUUGUACCUUCUCGUGUCGGUGUGAUGGGGAACUGAUGGAGCCGUGCUGCGGACCGCAACCCGGUGAAGGUGAACGGAUCAGAAUCACCUGAAUCCGACCAGCUGACAUCCUUAAAGCAUCAUGCUGGCCAGAAAGGGUCUCCUGCCAGAUGGCUUCCUGCUGACCCGGCUGGCAGAGGACCAGAACCAGCCAAACCGCAGCCGUUCCAGAUCCCAGAGAGCCCGCUUCAUCACCAAGACUGGGUCCUGCAAUGUGGCUCACAAGAACAUCCGGGAGCAGGGUCGGUUCUUGCAGGAUGUCUUCACCACCAUGGUGGACCUUAAGUGGCAGCACUCGCUCCUCAUCUUCACGUCCGCCUUCCUCUGUUCCUGGAUGCUCUUUGCCAUGGCUUGGUGGCUCCUGGCCUUUGCUCAUGGAGACUUGGAGCCCCGUGACCCAGACAGCGAGCCAGGUCCCAUCCCCUGUGUCACUGCCAUUCACUCCUUCACCUCAGCAUUCCUCUUCUCCAUUGAAGUCCAGGUGACCAUUGGAUUUGGAGGCAGGAUGGUGACAGAGGAGUGCCCAGUGGCCAUCAUUGUUCUGAUCAUCCAGAACAUUCUGGGACUGAUCAUCAAUGCUGUGAUGCUCGGCUGCGUGUUCAUGAAGACAGCACAGGCUAACCGGCGAGCAGAGACACUCAUCUUCUCCAGAAACGCCGUCAUCGCCACCCGAAACGGCCGACCCUCCUUUAUGUUCAGGGUAGGGGAUCUACGGAAGAGCAUGAUCAUCUCAGCCACCGUCCAGCUGCAGGUCAUCCGUCGCACCGUGACGUCGGAGGGUGAGGUGAUCCCGGUGUGUCAGCUGGACAUCCAGGUGGAGAACCCUCUGAGGAGCAAUGGCAUUUUCCUGGUGUCCCCUCUCAUCAUCAGCCACACCAUAGAGCGAGGAAGUCCUCUGUAUGAGCUGUCUGCCCAGUCUCUGUCCUCCGAGGACCUGGAGAUCAUCGUGAUCCUGGAAGGUGUGGUGGAGACAACGGGGAUCAGCAUGCAGGCUCGGACCUCCUACACCCCUGAAGAGAUCCUGUGGGGGAGACGGUUUGUGUCCAUCAUCACGGAAGAGGACGGCAGGUAUUGCGUGGACUACUCCAAGUUCGGAAACACGGUUCCAGUCCGGAUGUCCUCACUCAGUGCCAAGGAGCUGGACCAGACCCGAGGAGUCCAGGAGGGGACAUCGGAGACCCAGCUGCAGGGGUGGGGGCUUGUUAGGGCUGGCAGGGGUGGGUUCCGUAGAGGAGGCCGGGCCUGCGAUGGCUCCACCCAUCAGCCAUGGUACGCCCAAUCACAGCAGAACAUGGAGCAGAAGGGGCAGAAGAAAACCGUUCAGCUGGAGGAGAUUGGACGGCAGGUAGAGGAGGACGAAGUCGGAGACAUGAGUGACUGACGUGUGUCUGAGGCCCCACCCCACCCACCUGGACCUCAUCAAGCAGAUUAAGGACAGAAAUCCAAGCUAAAUGUUGGACACAUGAGGCAUGUUUCCUUUAGCAAAAUUCCAGGGUAGUUCCUGGGAUGGGGAACAUGACCAGGAGACAGGAUGUCCCAGUCCUCUCAGCUGUUGUCUCCAUUCAAACCCAGCCCUCUCAGAUCACGACUGUUUGGCAGUGACUGAUGUCACUGAUCAGCCCCAAAAAGUGCCCAAAGUAACAACAAUAACAUUUAUUUUAUAGAAGUAGAUCAAUAAUUUAAUCUAACAGAGACGGUUCCUGAAAACGGCCCGAUCAGGUGGAGACGAUGUGGGGAAGUUCCUGUAAAUCUACCCUGAAGUUCUUGUAGUGGAACCACGCCUAACGUCUUUGUGGGAGUUGGUUAUUGUCCCAGCAGGACUUCUAUAUGGUCACAGUGGAGCUGAAGGACCUGGACCCAGAUGGUCCUCUUGUUGAUGUCCUUCCUCAGGAACACCUCAGUUGUCCUGGUUCCUGUGGAUGUCUCAUCUCUUUGAUCUGUUCAUAAACAUUUUUGUGUCCAGAAAAAUAAAUUAUCUCUAUGAA